AUGGGUUUGUUUUCAAGGGUUGCCCCUGAGGGGGAAAUAGCCACCGCUGUACCAGAUAUUGCCGACGAAAAGGGCAGAGGUCAGAAGGAUCCCGCGCAGAUUUCAGAGGAGCCUGACUUGAGCAGUGGCGGGGAUGAACAUGUUCAAGGUGGUGUCCAGAAGAUUGAAGCGGCCGCACAGGUUUGGUCGACACGGAGCAUGGUCGGUGCCUACAUUAUUAUCUGGCUCAUCUACUUCAUCACAUCGAUCGAGGAGGUUGUUACCGGCGCUCUGAAUCCCUUUGUCACCAGUUCUUUUCAGCAGCAUUCAUUGACCGCGGCGACUGGUAUCAUGGCUAGCCUCUUUGGUGGACUUACCAAACUCCCACUGGCCAAGAUUCUCGAUACUUGGGGUAGGCCUCAGGGGCUGCUCCUUAUGCUGCUGAUCUGGGUUGUUGGCUUUGUCAUGAUGGCUGGCUGUAACAAUGUUGAGACGUAUGCUGCAGCUCAAGUAUUUUCGUCUAUCGGAUCCCAAGGCGUCAGCUACUGUAUUACCAUCUUCAUCGCCGAUACCACCUCCCUUAUAAACCGACCCCUGAUGCUUGCCUUUGCAACAUCCCCAUAUAUCGCCACAACAUUCGCUGGUGGUCCAAUCGCAGACAGUGUCAUUGCCCAUAUUGGUUGGCGAUGGGGUUUCGGUAUCUGGUCCAUCGUGACCCCGGUUGUUGUCGGCCCUCUGGGUGCACUCUUCAUCUGGAACCACGUCAAAGCUCGCAAGCAGGGGCUGCUUACAUCAAAGUCCGGCCCACUCACCUUUUCCGCUGUCAAGAAAUACUUUAUCGAGGUGGAUAUCAUUGGUAUUCUGAUCCUUGCUACGGGAAUGGCCUUGUUCCUGCUUUCCUUCUCCAUCUACUCGUACCAAGCUGAACAGUGGCGUGCGCCAAUCAUCAUUGCUUUCAUCAUCGUUGGCGGCAUUCUCAUCAUUGCCUUUGUGUUCUACGAGGCAUACCUAGCGCCUGUCAAGUUCAUCCCGGUACACUUGCUGAUGGAUCGGACCGUCUUCUUCGCGGGCAUGAUGUUCUUCUUCGUGUUUGCCAACUCUUCAAUCUGGGGCAGCUAUUUCAGCUCCAUGCUGCUUGUUGUCUGGAACACUGGUAUUACCAAAGCGACUUACAUCGGUAACAUUUACCGCGUCGGCUCAUGCUUCGCAGCUCUUGUCCUUGCCUACUUUACCCGCAUCACUGGCAGGUUCAAGUGGACUGCGACUUUGUAUGCCCUUCCUCUCACUCUUCUUGGUGUUGGACUCAUGAUACAGUUCCGACAACCCGAUUCGAGCAUCGGCUACGUCGUCAUGACUCAAAUCUUUGUUGCUUUCGCUGGUGGUCCCAUGGUAGUCGCUGGAGAGAUGGCCAUGAUGGCUCCUUCGGAUCAUCAGCACAUUGCCGUUAUUAUGGCCAUCCUUGACCUCUUUUCUAGCAUUGGUAGCGCCAUCGGAUCAACAAUUGCCGCCGCCAUCUGGACGGGCACAUUCAAGAAGAACUUGAUCAAGAAUCUUCCGGCUGAUGCUCCCGUGGACUCAAUCUACGGCAACCUCUACACCCAGCUAGGAUAUCCCGUUGGUUCGGAAAUCCGACAUGGCAUUUCCAUUGCAUACGGAGAGUCUCAGCGCCUCAUGCUCAUCACGAGUGUAUGCUUUAUCGUGGUUGGUUGGGGAUGUACGUGGAUGUGGCGAGACAUUAAGCUUCGUGAUCGUAAACAGACGCGUGGCAAUGUCAUCUGA